GCGCACUCCCCUGGCGCACCUGUCGACUCGGGGACCGCCGCCAGCGCUCCGGCCCCGCCUACCGGCCCUCCCGGAAACUUGACCUCUCCAAACCCUGCUUCCGUUUCCGGUCGCGCCUUCCGGUCGCCAUGGCGACGGGCCGCCUGGGGGUCGAGGAGACGCUGGGGGCCCUCAACGCGGCGCUGGGCGCCGGAGGACCCGUGUGGUUCAAGGAGACACGCGCCCGCUACCUUCGCGCCAGAGACUUCCUGGCGCCGCGACGCGCACUCCAGGCCCGCUUCGGAGAUGCACAGGUGCCCGAGCUGGCGGUUCGCGCGCUCGCCGGCCUGCAGGGCCCGGGCGUGGCCCCGGUGCUGCGCUGCGCGCCGACGCCCGCGGGGCUGGAGCUCCAGCUGCAGCGGACCGCGGUCUUCGAGCGCGUUCUCGGCGCCGUCGCCGCCUAUGCCGCGCCCGCCGCGCCCGCCGCCCCGCGCCCGCGCGUGGUCCUGCACUGCCCGGCGCUGCGCGACGACCCGGACGCGCUCCGCCUGAGCCAGCUGCGGGCCGUGCUUGUGGCCGACCACCUGGCGCGAGUCUUGCAAGCUCACGGGGUGAGCGUGCGCCGAGUGCCUGCCGUGCAAGACCCGCACAUGCCGGCCUUCCUGCAGCAACUCGGGGUGGACUGGCCGACCGCCUCGCAGGGCGCGACCCUCGACGCUCUGAGGAACCGCGCCCUCGCAGAGCUUACUUCUGCAGGUGACGGGGACCAUUUGCCUUCUGGAGCCCUGGGCAGAGUGUGCCUGAAGGGGCUGGUGGAAGAACGGGGCCGCGCGGCGGGCUAUGACCCCAACUUGAACGACUGUCUAGUGACCGAGGAGCUGCUCUCAGUGCUGGCUGAGCUGCAGGAGGCUGUGCGACACUGGCCAGAAGAUAGCGCUCCAGGACUGGCCGCACCCCCAGACGCUGAUGCAGAAGGCUGUAUGAUUGUGCACGUGGUGAGCUGCGAGGAAGAGUUCCAGCAGCAAAAGCUGGACCUGCUUUGGUGGAAGUUGGAUGACCAGGCUCCUUUCAGACAGAAGCACCUUGUCUGUGGCCCAGUGAAAGGAACAGGUGCCCAUGGCACCCUGACUGCCCGCGAGUACUAUGAGCUUCGGCACACCCAGGUUUGUAAGGCAUCAGCACUGAGGCACAGCAUGGAUCUGGUACAAGACCCUGCCUGGACAGAUAUCUUCAGGGUUCUCUCCGUGGCAGCCAUCAAAUUCGAGAUGCUCAGCACGGCUCCACAGUGUCAGCUCAUUCUAGCCAAUGACAGCAUUUCCACCAAAGGCACCAAGAGUGGUACCUUUGUCAUGUAUAAUUGUGCCCGCCUUGCCACACUCUUCGAGAGUUACAAGCACAGCAUGGAACAAGGUCUGUACCCUGCUUUCCCACCUAUAAGCGAUCUGGAUUUCUCACUGCUGCACGAUGAGGGUGAGUGGUUGCUGCUCUUCAACAGUGUCCUCCCCUUCCCAGACCUGCUGAGCCAGACAGCUGCCCUGGUCAGCACAGUCCCGGGUCUCCACAUCACUGCGCGCACAGAGAUGGUGUGCAAAUUCCUGGUGCAACUCAGCAUGGAUUUCAGCUCCUACUACAACCGUGUACACAUCCUAGGGGAGCCGAGAACACACCUGUUUGGCCAAAUGUUUGCCCGUCUACAACUCCUUCGGGCUGUGCGUGAGGUGCUCCACACUGGCCUGGCCUUGCUGGGCCUCCCUCCACUGAGCCACAUUUAAGGCCACAGAGGACACCGUAACUGGGAAUGUUCACAAAGUCACCCACCAGGAAAAAAAAGUCCCACAGAUUUUGCUGCCCCAAAUAAAUUGCCUUUGUUACA